AUGCCGCAGCUGGGCAGCGGCGGCGGGGACGACCUGGGCGCCACGGACGAGAUGCUGGCCUUCAAGGACGAGGGCGAGCAGGAGGAGAAGAUCCCCGAGAACGCCUUCACCGAGCGCGACCUGGCCGACCUCAAGUCCUCGCUGGUGAACGAGUCGGAAGGCAGCGGCAGCCCGGCCGCCGCCGCCGCCGAUGCCGAGGCCCUCCGGCGAGUGCAGGAUCCGCAGAGGGUGUACCAGGAGAAGCUCCCGGACCACAUGGAUGAUGGUAUGAAACAUCAGGACCCAGGGAUGUAUAAAGGAUCUGCCUAUUCUGGUUACCCUUUUCUGAUGCUCUCAGAUCCGUAUCUGCCCAAUGGAUCUAUGUCACCUCUGUCCAACAAAGUUCCCGUGGUGCAGCCGUCGCACGGAGUGCACCCGCUCACCCCGCUCAUCCCCUACAGCAACGAGCACUUCAGCCACGGCUCCCACUCCCCCCACCUGCCUGCUGACAUCAACCAGAAACAAGGAGUGCACCGUCCUUCCCAGACCUCAGACAUCCCUGGUUUCUACCCCCUGCCCCCCGGAGGAGUGGGGCAGAUCACGCCGUCGAUGGGAUGGCAGAGCCAGUCUGUCUAUCCGCUCCCGUCAUGUGGAUUUAGACAGCCGUACUCGUCAGCGCUUUCUGCUGGGGCUUCUUUCUCCAGGUUCACUCACCCUCUCAUGCUGGGCUCUGGCAUGCACACCACCGGCAUCCCACACCCCGCCAUUGUGCCCCACUCCGGCAAGCAAGAGAUGGAGCACUACGACCGAAACAUGAAACCUCAGCCAGAACCAAAGAGAGAGAAGGAAGCCAAGAAGCCCACUAUUAAGAAGCCCCUGAACGCUUUCAUGUUGUAUAUGAAAGAAAUGCGGGCAAAAGUCAUCGCUGAGUGCACCCUGAAGGAGAGUGCUGCCAUCAACCAGAUCUUGGGCAGGAGGUGGCACGCGCUGUCCCGGGAGGAACAGGCCAAGUACUACGAACUGGCUCGCAAGGAACGGCAGCUCCACAUGCAGCUCUACCCCGGCUGGUCUGCCAGAGACAACUACGGGAAGAAGAAGAGACGAACACGGGAAAAGCAGCAAGAUUCCAGCUCAGAUCCUGCCUCUCCUAAGAAAUGCAGAGCUCGCUUUGGCCUCAACCAACAAACGGACUGGUGCGGCCCGUGCAGGAGGAAAAAGAAGUGCAUUCGGUACCUACAAGGAGAAGGACGCUGUGCCAGCCCAGUUUCUUCCGAUGGAAGUGCUAUAGACUCCCCUCCAUCCCCACCGGACGCACUCCGAUGCAUCCCCUCCGCCUUCCCGUCAGAGCAGCUCGCAGCCCCCGCCGACCCCGCGCACCGCGACCAGCCCGACCCCUGCCCCGUGUCCGCGCAGCUCCCGCCCGCCUCCGGCCCCUCCAGACCCGGCGCUCCCCGGCGCUCCUCGGCGCCCCCCGCCUACAGCCGCGCCUCCUCGGGGACAUAGUCCCUGCCAGCCGCUGGCCACGCCGGGCACUGCGCUCGCCCGCCUGGUUCCGCUGCCCCCGGACGAGGACCAGAGGCACAGCCAAAUCCCCAUCUCACUGUAAAACAUGCAAAGUUUGGCGACAGGAUGACUUAAGGAUAAUGGAAAACUCACUUGGUUGGGGUUUUUUUUGGAGGGGAGGGGUGAUAAAGAUAGAAAAGCAAUUUCAAAAAAAAAAGGUAAAAAAUAAGUACUUGCCAAAAGUUAAAGUGCUGAUGAGUAAACAAGCCUUUUGUCCCUGCCCUGUGAUGCUUUUUUUUGUUUGUUUGGGGUUUUGUUUUGGUUUCUUUUUUACUGCAUUAUCUCCAAGUGUGGCAGAGAGCAAAGCCACAUCCCCAGCUUGCUGCUGUAGGUGGUAGGUGCUGUCAGUCUAACCCUGGCUUCCACUCCCUGCCCUCCGAGCUGCUUCAAAGUGUAGUCACUCACAGAUGUCCCAUAGCCCUUACACCAAGGAGCUGGAAAAGCUGGAAUAGAAGAAUUUUUUAAAAGCCCCUGUGUCUGAAAAGGAAACAAACCAAUACCAGCAUUCUGAUCUGACCAGGUAAAAGAGAAAUUAAAUACUUAAAGAGGUGAAUUUUUUGAACUUCUUGUUCGAGAACAGGAAGAUGUUGUUUGCAGGUAACAGGGAUAAAUGUCCCAUUCCAUGGUUGUACAGCAAGGCAGAGGAAAAGGGAGCACCAGCCAGGCACAGGAGCACAGACCUGCUGCUGGAAAGGCUGACGGUCGCUCAGGGCAUCGGGCAGGUGCAGGGUCUGCCCUGCUGUAGGGAAUUGUCCUCUGCAGAUGUGGACGGUCAGAAAUCCCACCAGACAGACUGGCCAAAGCCUCAGAAAUCACUCUGUUGCUUUUGUAGGCUCUGAUCGAGCUCUGCACCUCCACAGCAGUGAGCAGGGCAGGGCAUGUGGGGAGCCAACAGCCCCGGCAGGCUGGCCCAGG